AAAGAACGUUAAUGUCAAUUGUCAUUGUGAUAGUUUUUCAUCUUGUUUUUGAUGCUUUGAAAAAUAAAACUAUAAAGAAAGUUUUUGUUUUGAAAUUGGAAUUAUAAUUUUCUAGCGAGUUUUUGACUAGUGGAAAUUCGAACGACACUUAACCAUUCAAAAUGGCUAUGACUUCGUCUCAAGUGAAGCGAGAGCAACAGAAUAGUAUGAGCGGUAGCGGCACAGGUUGGCCCAGAAGAAAUAGUCAAAGCACGACUCCUACAACCACAGUGGCAAAUACAAAUUUCGACAAGGGUUGUCCGCCAUCAGCAGCUUUGAAUCGAAUUAUCAAUCUGUAUCCUUUAACUAACUAUAUAUUCGGUACAAAAGAACCACUUUUUGAGAAAGAUCCCAGUGUUCCAGCUCGAUUCCAGAGAAUGCGGGACGAAUUCGAACGAAUAGGAAUGAGACGAAGCGUGGAAGGAGUUUUAUUGGUUCAUGAACAUGGCCUACCACAUGUUUUAUUGUUACAGUUGGGGACAACAUUUUUCAAAUUACCUGGAGGAGAACUGAAUCCAGGCGAGGACGAAGUGGAGGGACUCAAAAGACUCCUUACUGAAACCUUAGGUCGUUUGGAUGGUGUGAAACAAGACUGGCUCGUUGAAGAUAUCAUUGGAAAUUGGUGGAGACCUAAUUUUGAACCACCUCAGUACCCCUACAUUCCCUCUCACAUAACAAAACCCAAAGAACAUAAAAGGUUGUUUUUAGUUCAACUACAAGAGAAAGCGUUAUUCGCCGUCCCGAAGAAUUAUAAGUUAGUGGCUGCGCCUUUGUUUGAAUUGUACGAUAAUGCACAGGGUUACGGACCAAUAAUUUCAUCACUUGCACAGGCAUUAUGCAGAUUUCAAUUCAUUUACAUGUAAUAUUGAUAUUUUCAAACAGUGGAUUUGUAAUUUUGAAUGAGUGACCAUUGUAAUGUUAGGUGAAAAAAUUUAUCAUUAAAGUUGUCUACUAGUGCUCUUUAUUCAAAAGUUUUCUGUACACAUUUUAUUUUGUUCUAUUGAUUUACCGCUGUUUGAAUCUCACAAUUAUAUUUUACUUACAAAUUGGAAUCAAUUGUUGACAGUGGGGAGGUACUAGUCACAUAUCAAUAUCAAAAUGAAAUCUUUUUUAAUGAUUAUGAUGACUUAGGCCAUUCCAAAUGGAUGUCGCUUAGUUUCUUUAUUCCAUGAUUAAUUUACUGGAAUGACAAAUAUUUGGAUUUGGAUGUAGUUAAUUAAGAUGCCAACCAUGUUCUUAUGUAUAAAUUGUGUGAAUUUUGUAAAAGGUGAAAAUUAUAUGAAAAAAGAACUGAAAGGUUA